GGAAGCUUGACGAUCCACUGGUUGGGCAGCUUUAAAUGCUCCUCAUGCUUGCGCGCUCCUCAGUGCGCACACGGACGAGGAGGUCGUCUCAUCUUCAUCCCUUUUAUCUCUUCUCCUCCUUUCUAUCUCUCUUUUUGGAUACCUCACCUCACCUGGCAGGAGGCAAGGCAUACCCCUCCACCUUUCUCACCUGCCCCGGGAGUCGGAAGCCAAGCUCCGGGUGACGAUGGCCGGCUGACGGCUCCGCUUGUCACCGCUCAUCCAAGCCGAGGAGGCGCCGCCAGGUGUGGGACACGCGUGAUGGAUGUACCGCUACCCUGACAGUGGAGGAGGAAGGAGAAAGUGGGACUUUGGUUGUCCUCUGAAGAUGGACACGGCUGGAAGGUUCUGCUAGAACAGGAGCAUUUGGGUCGGAACCACAACCAGGAGAGAGAAUAAUAAUGCACAGAGCGUGGAUCCUCCUUGUUCUCAUAGAAGAGGGCCUCGCUCUGGCACAGAGAACCAAAGACUCCCUGAGCGACCAUGGCGCCCAGCAGAGCCCCAGCCAGAACGAGUGCGGGACGUGGGUCCGCAACAUCAACGGCGGCGUGUUCACCUCGCCCAACUACCCCAACACGUACCCCCCCAACAAGGAGUGCGUCUACAUCCUGGAAGCGCUGCCCAGGCAGAGGAUCCAGCUGGCCUUCGACAAGAACUACUACAUCGAGCCGUCCUUCGAGUGUCGCUUCGACCACAUCGAAAUCCGCGACGGUCCCUUCGGCUUCUCGCCGCUCAUGGAGCGCUUCUGCGGCGGCAAGAACCCCGGCGUGGUGACGUCCACCGGCCGCUUCAUGUGGAUCAAGUUCACCAGCGACGAGGAGCUGGAGGGCCUGGGCUUCAGGAUCAAGUACACCUUUGUUGCGGACCCUGACUUCCAUCUGCAUGUGGGCGGACUGUUAAAUCCCAUCCCAGACUGCCAGUUUGAGCUGGGCGGCUACGAUGGCAUCAUCCGCUCCAGUCAGGUGGAAGAGGCCAAGCGAGUGAAGCCCGGAGACGCUCUGGAUUGUAUCUGGACCAUCAGGGCCCCGCCCCAGUCCAAGAUCUACCUGCGCUUCAUGGAGUACCAGAUGGAGCACUCCAACGAGUGCAAGAAGAACUUUGUGGCCAUCUACGACGGCAGCAGCGCCAUCGAGAACCUGAAGGCCAAGUUCUGCAGUACGGUGGCCAACGACGUCAUGCUGGAGAACGGCGUGGGCGUGGUGCGCAUGUGGGCCGACGAGAAGAGCCGACUGAGCCGCUUCCGCAUGCUCUUCACUUCCUUUGUGGACCCUCCCUGCUCCGCCAACACCUUCUUCUGCCACAGCAACAUGUGCAUCAACAACUCGCUGGUGUGCAACGGCGUCCAGAACUGCGUGUACCCGUGGGAUGAAAAUCACUGCAAAGAGAAGCGAUCCAGGGGUCUCUUCCAUCAGAUCACCAAGACCCACGGCACGGUCAUCGGCGUCUCCACCGGGAUAGUUCUGGUCCUUCUCAUCAUUUCCAUCCUGGUCCAGAUGAAGCAGCCCAGGAAAAAGGUGGUGGCCCGUCGGCCCGCUGUCUUCAACAAGGCGGGCCUCCAGGAGGUCUUCGACCCGCCGCACUACGAGCUCUUCUCCCUGCGUGACAAGGAGAUGUCUUCAGACAUGGCCGACCUGUCCGAGGAGCUGGACAGCUUCCACAAGGUGCGGCGCUCGUCCACCAUGUCGCGCUGCGUCCACGAGCACCACUGCGGCUCGCAGGGCUCGGUGGCGACGGGCGGCGGAGGCGGCAGCAUGAAGCACAGCCGCACCACCCUGAGCUCCAUGGAGCUGUCCUACCACAACGACUUCUCCAAGCCGCCGCCCAUGAAGACCUUCAACUCCACCGGCACCUACAAGAAGAGCUGCUACGGCUACAAGCAGCACUCACAGACUCACGACUGCGACCAGCAGGUCAUCGAGGACCGCGUCACCGAGGAGAUCCCCUGCGAGAUCUACGGGCGAGGCGGAGGGGGAGCCACCGGAGGCAUCGGAGGAGCGUCCGGCAUCGCGGGAGGAGGCAUCGGAGGAGCGGUUGGGAUUACUGGAGGCGUGGCCAUGGCCGGCGGAAUGGGCAUGCCGGGGGGGAUGGCGAUGGCGGGGCCCAGUGGCAUCGCCGGAGGCAUCGGCGGCGGGAUGGCGGGAGCCUGCGGAACCCUCACCAUCCGCGGGAACAGCUCUCGGAACAGCACCUCCGUGGUUGACCCCCAGCAGCGCUCCAUGUCCAUGGACUUCUAGAUCUUCUGUUCGGGGAGACGGGACGUGACGUUCGCUGUCCGCAGAGACCGAGAGACAACCCCAAUGAAUCCAUGGAGACUUUUUACAUCCACUCACCUGCCGUGCACAAAUAGCGUAUAUGAUAUAUAGAAACGUAUAUGUAUAGCGUGUCUUCUAAUCAUUUAUUUCUUUUACUGUGUCCCCUUAACAGUUGCAACCAACAUUCAGCUGCCUCGUCACCAACGCUUGGCUUUUUAAACUCCUUUCUGAUGGUUGCGAGGCGGAUUUUACAACACAAACGUGAAAAUCCUGGGCUCCCUGAAUGCCACAUUGCAACUUUACAGCGCUUUACCACCUACGGCUGCUUUCUCAGGCCCCCAACAUUCGUAAAAUUGGCUCCAUUUCGCUUGGUAAAACAACCAAACACACAACAUGGCUAACGUCUUUUAGCGGUGGCAGGAGCGCGAGCAGGAGGAUGUUUGGUUUCGCCACUUGGCGGGUGAAACAACGCUAACAAACAUAGCAACGGAGGGAGUUGCUAAUGUCGCUAACUGUAAUAAUCUGGCAGCGUCGAGACCGGGUCUCAAACGUUUACAUGCGAAAUCAAACAAGUGACCGAGCGGCACCAGGCGGGGAAAACAAAAUAGUUGAAGUACAACAGACUCAAGUGCGCUAGCGCCCUCUUUUGGCUGCACUGUGUCGCCUCCUGAGGACCGCAGUGGUACUGCAAGAACGAACGUCAUGGCUGAAAUUGUCUUCUUGGUACAAAUUGUACCUUUAAGCUUUGCAGGACUGGACUCCUGGACGAGCACACCAAAAGACUCUUAUUUUGGUAAGAAAUAGAACCAUUUAUACAAAGGUAACAUGAAGUGUGGGGAACAUUCUCCUCUCCAUAUAUUCCCCACCUCGCCCCGAAAGAAGCUGUUAUUUUUGGGAAAAUGCCCUCUUGUGAAAUGUAAAACAAGCACAACUCGCUUCCCAAGAGACAACGGGGUUUGUGGUGAUGAUGAUGGUGAUGAUGAUGAUGAUGAUGACGACGAUUUAACCACUGGUUGUAUGAUUUCAUGCUGUUGGAUUAAAAGACAACUUACUCACCAAGCUGCGCCAGCGUUAUUGGAGCAUUCUUACUUAGUCGCUCCACAGUGUUGUGUGCUUCCAUUUUGAUCCUGCGGCCCUUUAAAUUAGCUCCGCCCAGUCUGCUUUCUCAGCUUACUGUUGAUUCUACAUCUUAUUAUUUCAGCCUCUGUUUAACUUCACAUAUGUUGUCAUUUAGCUUAUUUUAAUUGUCAGUUAUUUAAAGUUAUAGUGUAUAUGAUUACAUAUUACAUAUAACAGCAAA